CGCUUCGUCAACUCGUCCAUCUGUCUGAUGCUGCCUGUCUCAAGAGCUGUCUUUGGGGCCGUGUCCCAGUCUCCGCGACAAUGGGCUCCCCGCAUGGCCUCGAGCCUUUCACAGUUCGGGGUUCCGUCACAGUCCAUGUCGACGCUGAGCCUCAGCAUGAAGCUGCGGAAGCGAAAGAAGAAGUAUCUGUUUGCCCCACACCCGAUCCUCGGCAACCCAUCGGCCGAAGAAGCCGUCAACAACAUUCUGUAUAACACUCCCUCGACGGCCAAGGCGCCUGUAUCUCGGCAUGUGCUCAACUGCCUGGUGACCAACGAGCCGGGCGUCCUCGCUCGAGUCGCGGGUAUUCUUGCUGCCCGCAACUUCAACAUCGACUCGCUCGUCGUUGCCAAGACGGACGUGCCUGAUCUGAGCCGGAUGACCAUCGUGAUCAACGGACAGUCGUCCGUCGUCGAGCAGGCCCGAAGACAGGUCGAGGACCUGGUCCCGGUCUGGGCGGUGCUGGAUUACACGCACGCCCGUGUGGUCGAGCGCGAGCUUUUGCUCGUCAAGGUCUCGACUGUUCCGCACGAGCACCUGGCGGACGAGGAUAUUGACGAAGCCUCCGAAGUUGUCCACAACCAACAGGAGAACGGACCCUCGACUGGCCUGUCCCCCCUCCUGGCUGCCUCUGUCCAGCGACAGUCGAUCGCCGAGCUGGCUCGUCUCUUCAACGGCCGCAUCGUCGACAUCUCUGUCGACAGCGUCAUUGCGGAGGUCUGCGCCAGCCCCCAGCGAAUCGACGCCUUUGUCAACCUUCUGAAACCCUAUGGCAUCAUCGAGGCAACACGAUCAGGAUGUAUGGCCAUGCCCCGCUCCCAGUCCGACCAGGACGGCGAGACCCAGGAGCCUGAGCCAGACCAGGGCAGCAAGGUCGAUGCCACCAUGCUUCCCCCCGGUUAAGCGGUCUUCCACAUCGAGGGGCCAGGAGGCGACCGAAGCUGUUGCGGCUCGAGCAGCCAUCGCGGAUCUGUGCUGUGUUGUUUUGGAUGAUACUCAAUACAUUUGCAUACCAAAACC